CUCAAACCGGACAGACGGUCUACAAAAGCAAAGUUAGUGAAAGGAAAAUCACGUAAGGUCUGUAGCGUAAGUUAAUGCAUUUUCUACAAUUUGGCACGCAUUUUAAAGACCGACAACCGUGUGAGUGGCCCUUAAAGAUGGAUACGCUUAUGGCACGUUGUUGUCAUCUAUGGAUGACGGAGCUAAGACGUGGAAGAAGAAUAUAGAGACCUCCAAACAGAAACUUGUGGACCUCAGAAGAUCAACAGGACACCGUGGUGCGCUCCCAAACAAUGGAUAACUGUCAGGACCCUUGAUUUGGGAGAAGAAUCGCGUGUCGCUGGGGCUGUGAUGGAUUAAACGCAUUUUACAGUUUUGCACGUAUCGUAAAAGAGGGUAGAAACAAAUGAGCGCUCUGGUGGUGCCAUAAUAAGCCCAUUGGACAGCAUAAAUAUUUAAAAAAGACCCUUAUCAAUCAGGCGUCUGUGAACAAGGCGGGUUGCACCAUGUGGAGGACGUGGAUGCAGAGAGCAGCAUUGUGCUGCGUGCUUGUUGAAACCUUCAUGUACAGCGCACUGGGUCUCAACAUGUGCAUGAGUGGCAGCGCUACCUCCUGUGAAGAAUGCCUCCUCAUUCAUCCUAACUGCGCCUGGUGCGCACAGGAGGAUUUUGGUAUUGGACGCACUUUGCCAUCUCGUUGUGAUUUUAGUUCAAAUCUGGUUAAAAGGGGUUGUGACACACGGUACAUUGAGUCUCCUAGGAGCAGUGUUUCUGUGCUUCAAAAUGAAGUUCUGAGCUCAAAGGGCUCUGGAGCGACCCACAGUAAUGUGGUCCAGAUCAUGCCUCAGAAGAUCUCUCUCAGCCUGCGACCAGGAGACCAGACCUCAUUUGAGCUGCAGGUGCGGCAGGUUGAAGACUACCCAGUGGAUCUCUACUACCUGAUGGACCUGUCUCUUUCUAUGAAAGAUGAUCUGGACACAAUCCGUAACUUGGGCACAACGUUGGCACAUGAAAUGGGAAAACUCACCAGCAACUUCAGGCUAGGCUUUGGUUCUUUUGUGGACAAAAACAUGUCUCCUUUUUCGUACACAGCACCCAAAUACCAGGAAAAUCCAUGCAAUGGAUACAAACUGUUUCCCAAUUGCGUCCCUACCUUUGGAUUUCGCCACAUCCUCUCAUUAACAGACAAGGUGGACCGUUUCAAUCAGGAGGUGCAGAAGCAGAUGGUAUCUCGCAACAGGGAUGCCCCAGAGGGAGGGUUUGAUGCCAUCCUACAGGCUGCGGUUUGUAAGGAGGAGAUUGGCUGGAGAAAGGAGGCCUAUCAUCUGCUGGUAUUUGCCACAGAUGAUGUUCCUCAUCUGGCUCUGGACGGCAGACUUGGCGGACUGGUCCAGCCUCACGAUGGACAGUGUCACCUCAAUGAGAAAAAUGAGUACAGCGCCUCAACCCAGAUGGACUACCCUUCUCUGGCACUCCUAGGAGAGAAACUGGCUGAAAAUAACAUCUUUUUAAUCUUUGCAGUCACUAAACGACUAUAUGUCAUUUAUAAGAAUUUCACUGCUCUAAUACCUGGCACAACUGUGGAAAUCUUGGAUCAGGACUCCAAGAAUGUCAUACAACUCAUCGUCAAUGCGUAUAAUAAUAUCCGGUCGAAAGUGGAGCUGUCGGUUUGGGACCACCCUGAGGACUUGAGCCUCUCCUUCACUGCCACCUGUCAAGACGGGAAGCCUCUGCCGGGCCUCAGGAAGUGUGCUGACCUCAAGAUAGGAGACACUGUGUCGUUUAAUGUGAGCGUAGAGGCGAGAAGUUGUCCUCCUCGAGGGACAGACCAGACGUUCACCAUCAAACCAGUGGGAUUUAAAGACCGCCUGGAGGUGACUGUGGACUAUCAGUGUGACUGCAGGUGCACCCAGAGGGCUCAGGCCAACAGCAGCAUGUGCAGCUCUGUCGGCACGUACACCUGUGGGACAUGUAGGUGUAGUCGGGGGUAUCUGGGUGCCCGCUGUGAAUGCCAGGAGGGCGAGGCGGGCAGCAUGUAUCUGAGUGCAUGCCGAGAGGCUGAGGGCAAACAGAUCUGCGGGAGAGGGGAGUGCAGCUGUAAUCAGUGCCUCUGCUACGAGUCGGAGUUUGGAAAAAUCUACGGCCGUUUCUGUGAAUGUGACGACUUCUCCUGCGCCAGACACAAAGGCAUCCUCUGCUCUGGUCAUGGGGAGUGCCACUGUGGGGAGUGUAAGUGCCAUGCGGGAUAUAUCGGCGACAACUGUAACUGCUCCACGGAGACCAGCUCGUGUGUGUCUGAUGAUGGACAGAUGUGCAGUGGGCGGGGCAGCUGUGUGUGCGGCCGCUGCCAGUGCACUGAGCCUGGGGCCUUCGGGGACACCUGCGAGAAAUGUCCUACCUGUCCAGACGCCUGUGGGACCAAGAGGGAAUGUAUUGAGUGCCGUCUCUUCAGCUCGGGGCGUCUGGCGGACAAUCAGACAUGCCAGCGUCUGUGUAAGGAUGAGAUCAUCACUGUGGAGACCCUGAAAACAGAUGAGCCCGGUGCUGUGCUUUGUCUCUAUAAGACAGAGAAUGACUGUGUGAUGAAAUUCACUUAUUCUGAGCACGCCAGCGGCCAAUCCAUCCUCACUGCCCUUAAAGAGCCAGAGUGUGCGAGUGGACCGGAUGCCCUCACGGUCCUGCUGGCUGUGGUGGGCAGUAUACUGUUGAUCGGUGUGGUGCUGCUCGCUGCGUGGAAGCUGGUUAUCACCAUUCAUGACCGCAGAGAGUUUACGCGCUUUCAGAAUGCACGGUCACGAGCCAGAUAUGAAAUGGCCUCCAACCCUCUGUAUAAGCAGCCAGUGACCACGCACUCUGUGGAAACAGACUUCAACAUGUUUGGGAAGUCUUACAACAAUGGAGGCUUGCUCUGAUCCGUCAGCACAGGGCGCGGCAGGACCGGUCCAGAUCACAGAGCCAGGGACAAACUCUCUCCUCUGCACUGCCCUCCUCCAGUCACAGAGAAGUAGACUGUGCCAAAGCUGCACUUCUGUGGCCUUUGUGGAGAUGGGAUUUCUGUUUUUCGUGUUUGCAUGUUGGCAAAGGCAGCCAGCAGGAAUAGACUUUUUUGGGAAUAAACUUCAGAUUUUGUCCACUCGUAUUCAACCACCGUGUACAGGCCCAAAUGUGUAUAUUUUUAUAAACACUAAAUGCCUUUUUAGUACUGAGUAAGUGUGGAUUUAAUGGGAUCUUGUUGAACAUGUGUCACUACAAUAUUCUUAACAGUACAAAGCACAUAAUGCAGAAGAUGGCUGUCACAAAGUUGUGGUACUACUAACACUUACUAAGCAAUACAGCCUCCAUUUUGCACAAAAUAGUCUUGUAAAGAUUUAAGAGCAUUUUUAUAAUGUGUGAAUGUGUAUUAUAGUGAGCUCCAAUUGCACUCCCGUUUUUAAAUCAGAUUAGAGUUUCCAUUGCUCCCUCAGCCUUGGGUUCACAAGUUUAAUCUACUUUUUAUUAUCGUCAGUGUGUCCUUAUAAAAACACUAGACAUGACGUUAUUAGCUUCACCCUUUCUGUCAGAGUAGAAUUUUCUGACUUGCACUAAAAAAAUCUGUCAAAUGCCAAGGGCUAGUCAAAACAUGGAGCGACAAUCUAUCCAUAACAUUUAGUGUCUGUAAUGUGUUUUUGAAAUAUUAAGAAGUAGUUCCAAAAAUCAUUUGUCUAAUCAGAGUUAACAACAAAGUGUGUUCCUAUAUACAUUACUGAUGAGGUACUUUGCAAGCAGUAUAUUAAUCAAACCAGCAAUAAUAUUUUGGGAUAGCUAUAUGAAAUACAUCUGGUGCUAAUAUGCCAUAAUUUCAUAUUAAUUUCAUUUUAAUACAAUUUGGUGCUUAACUGGAAAUUGUAAAUGCCUGAUUUUGGCAGGAAGCAAAAAGUAGAAUAAAACUAGCCUGUGAUGUAUUCAUAACCAGUAGCUGCCUUCAUGUGGAUGGCCUCUUAUUAAAAAUCUAAACAUAUGGCUGCUACAUUAUUAACUCCAUGUGACUGGGGGGAAACUUUGAGUCCUCUAAGACACUGACCAUGAUCUUAAAUCAGUGUUCCCACUGAAAAGGCUUGGUGUGGACUGUUUUAUGGGCGUGUGCAGCUGAGGGAGAAGGCUAGACUUGUGCGAUCAUCUAAAAAACUUGUCAGGGACUUGGAGUUGUGUGCUACGUGUGAGUGAAUGUAUAUAAUAAUACAAGGGUAUGUGCAGUAUGUACAUAUAUGAAAUGAAAUAGAAAAAAAAAUAUUGCUGUAAGAUUUGGCAGAGUUUACAAAAGCCUGAUUGUUAUCCACUAGUUCAGUGUUAGCCAGCAUCUGUGUACAGGUCAUUUAUUACUACGGUCCACUACCAUUUGAUGUAACAUUGCACAAGACAACAAUAAAUUCAUCAGUGUGUAAAGUGGUA